GCACAUCCAUUUCAAUGGGGAUGGUGUUUUAGUAUUUUUUUUCUUAUCGCUUGCAGUAGUUUCCGCAGUUAUUUAUCCGCUUUUUUUUCCAGAAUGUGAACUGUCCGAAUGGUCAGGUUGGAGCCGAUGCUAUGGCACAUGCUAUUAUGCAUUGUCUGUACGAAAUCGUGACGUUAUACGUCCAUCAAUUCCUGAGAAUUCACUGGAUCGUGUAAAACGUUGUACGAAACUGUACGAAACUAGAUUCUGUUCUCUUCGAACAUGUGAGGUAACAACGCGUGAUUUCGUCGUGACAAGUGAUUUGCCAAAGCGUCUAAAACCAGCUCAAGAACGACUACCAAUGGAUGGAAAAGGAAAGUGGAAAAUUUCAGAAGAUAUUGGGGAACUCGAAGCAUCAGAAGCUGCCAUUCAUGACGCUAUCCGCAAAAGAACUGUAACCACGACGCCAUACUUCGUUAAGAAAGCAACAGCGAUAGCAACAACGAAGGUUGAAGAAGAACCGAUUGUUACUAUGUCUGUAAACAAAAAGGAUUCUUCUAUAUCAGAAGAAGUAUCAACGUUAACUUCUUAUUCUAAUUUUACAGCGGAAUCACUUCCUUCCAGUGACCUGAAUGACACUAGCACCAAUGCGUCUAGUACAAAUAACACUCAGAAUAGCAGAAUUACGCUAGGAUCAGAAUUGUUUGCAAAAACGCAAAGCGAUGGCGUUGAUGGGAAGAACACUGCAAGCUAUGAUCACUCCACGAAUAGAAUUAUUAUUCUAACAAUACUGAAUAAUUUUUACCAAAAAAGUAGCUUCUUCCUUUUUCAGGGCUAUGUGCCAAAUACCAGAAAGCAUGCAUCUGAAAUCACGUCAAAACUCUACAUGACCCAAGAAAUAAUACAGGAUAAACCAAAACCUGUACCCCUCUUGCGUCAUGUGGAAUGCUUGGAAAGUCGACGAUGUUGUAAAAUAACGCGAACACAGUGUUCCGAUGGUACGACACCAAAAUAUGUGAAGCGUUACUACAGACCUCGCGCAGCGGAAACCUGCUUACCUUAUUAUUAUCCAAGGUGCUCCAGUAUUGAAGAAAUGGAUGAGCAACCAAUACAAUACGAGCAAAAUUGUCAAGAUAUUUGCUUCAAAGGUUCGGAGAAACGUAUCUCUCCUCUGUUUCAAAUAGCAUUUGAGAAUUGA